GCGAGCCCUCCCGGGGUGCUGGCCUCGGCUCGGGGUGUUGGUUACGGGGGCACACACACACACGAAGGCCACAGGGUGAGGCAGGGCCCCACCGGGGUGUGCGUGCGUUUCCCUCCCUCAUCCUGCCGCAGGAGACCUCGCUGCCAGAGCCGCCGGUUGCCCUUUCCCUUGAGCUUGGUGCCGCUCGGAGGGUUUGGCACAGGGGUUACGGCGAGGGGAGGUGUGUCAGAGAUCCUUCGCCUGGUGCCGGUGAAGCGCGUGCUUCAUGUUUCAGAUUUUUUUUUUUUUUUCUUGCGUUCUUUCCACCUCAACAGCCCUCGAUAUGGAGUUCACUGGUUUACACUCAACUUCCCCACAAAAUAACGAGCCCAGCCUGUUUGAUUCCCCCGCGGAGCGGUACCUGAAGGCCAGGCAGAGCGUUCAGCGCUUCACUGUUACUCAGCUUGGGCUGGCAAUAUUCUCAAAUGAAAAUGCAAACAAGUAUGUGGUGCAUUCAUACAACUUUUUUCUCUUUCGUGCAUCAUGUGGUUCAUCAUUAACAGGGAGACCUCAGUUCCUCAAAGAUGGGAUCCCGUACAUGAAUGAGGUACAGGAGAAGAUCCUUAGCCAGCAUCUGUUGGCGGGUAGCUGGAAAGUCAGCAGUGCUCUGGACAGGGAUGUGCUGAAGAAGGCUAUCGAUGAAGUCACCUGUUGGAUAGCUGCAGCAGAGGAAGAGGAGACUAUGAUACUACAGGAUCUAAGUGGCUAUCAGGUGUUUGAAGUUCAGCUUGUUCUGAGACAGGCUCUCCAAAAUGUUUGGACACAGCCUAUUGGAGACAAGAAGGUAAUGGUGAAAAAAGUGAGUCCACAGCAUCGUCAGCUUCUGGAGAACUCUCCUUAUGACCACUGCCAGAAGGAGUUCAUUCUCCUGUCUGCCCGGGGCUUCACCAACCUCUUCCAGACACUUGUUAAAGCCAAGAAGCCCCUGGUGGGACACAACAUGCUUAUGGACCUUAUGCAUCUUCACGACAAGUUCUACAAGCCCCUCCCAGAAAGCUAUGAAGAGUUUAAAAGGAACAUUCACAGCCUGUUUCCUGUCCUCAUAGACACCAAGACUAUAACAAAAUCCAUCUGGAAGAAAUGUCCAUUUCCUCGAGUAUGUAAUCUUUUGGAGGUGUAUGCGGUUUUGUGCAGCAGCAUCCUAAAUCCUGAAGAUCCAGCAUGCCCGGUGAUAGCUCUUGCAAGUGACUGCUCAAGAUAUGCUGAGAAGAAAUCUCCUCAUGAGGCAGGCUACGAUGCGUUUCUCUGUGGCUCAGUUCUUCUGAAGUCAGCUCAUUUGCUACUGUGCAAAUCCACAGAUCAUGCAGUGGAGGCUGAUCCUUCUUUCUCUCAAUAUCUCGCCGUGUUAGCUGAGUAUCUGAACAAAGUGAAUUUCAUCCGAGGUGGCAUUUCGAGCAUUAAUUUUUCUGGGGAAGAUGUUCCCUGCCAACGUCCCCCUCUCUUGGUUGUCCACGUCCGAGGCUGGCCAGGGCUGAAUGAAAGGCAAAUUUACCAAGAGUUCAAAGCUCUUUGUCGCUUUGAUGUCAGAUGGCUUUCAAAGAACCGGUUCAUUCUGCUCUCCAAUAAAUUUAAGGACGUCAGGCGCGUUCUGCGAGAUUAUAAGCAUCACCCUCAUCUGCGGGUUUCCAUCUAUCGCCACUGGUGGCACUCUCCACGCGUGAACUGCCUGCUGCAAGUCUCUGGUAUUGUGGCACUGUGGUCUCUCUUGGCCUUUGUACUUGGAGGAGCUCCUUGCUGUUCGUUCUAAGGGACUGCCUUACAGAUGAGACGUGAG